UUUUGUGCCCAUCAUCUGUAGUAGCAGCGUGCUGCCCCCGUGUGUAUCUGUAGGCUGCGCUAACCGGGGCCGCGCAGGCGCAGUGAGGCGGGCGCAGCUCCACUGUGGUUUCGGUUGAGCUUUCUUGGCAACGUCUCUCUCUCGGUGAACAGACAGUUGAUCGUGUUUCCACAAUGUCUGGAGGAUUAUUUUAACGGAUUAUGAGCGGAGAGGAAACACUGGAGCAGCGUUAGGUAAGAUCUGCAACAGACAGAAACUAAUCCAAGAAGAAGAGGACCGGUCCUGAUCCUAACUGGUCUGUCAUGGAGCAGUAACGUCUUUCCCAUCCUGCCAAUUAAAAGCAAUGUUUUUGGGAGCUGCAGGCCGUAGUACCAUCAGCAGAGUGUGUGUGGGGCCCCUCUUCUCCCUCUUCCCUAGAACCCCUCCUGACAUGGGAUGCCCGCCCCCUGCCCCACGGCCCUGAGCUCUCCUGAGGUGCCAUGAACAGCUACAGAGACAGAGGGGUCACUUGCACCUCCUCGGACCUUCUGGAUGGAGGAGAUGGAGGAGGAUUGCCUCAGCGCACUCCAUUUUGUCUCACCAUCAAUGGCCACCCGGCCACUGGCCCCAUAGACUUGGUCAUGCAACCACGGGUUUCUGUGCCCAAAAUGGGUGUUCGGGCGCGGAUUGCAGAAUGGCCUCCACGUCGUGCACAGUCCCGGGAAUCGCUGCUUGAAAAUGGGCAAACUGGCAGCAAUCACUAUGACUGCUCUACUACAGCUUCAUCAUCAUUUUUGUCAUCCGACAUUGGGCUGGUGCGGGGAGGAGUUGCCAGGUUGCCACGACGACUGUCCAAGGAUGCAGAGUUCAGAGUAGGAGGGUUUGGCAAUGAAAGAGGCUCACCUUUGAUCCUGAGAGCGUUCCCACCAUUGAGACAGCGCUCCAUCAGCGAAGUGACGCUGAGCGAACAGGAUGAGAAUGAGGUGGAGGUUCGUGGAGGUGGUGGGAUGGGGAACCUGUUCAGAGAGUAUGGCAGCACCUCCUCUAUUGACAUCCAGUGCAUUCCUGAGCAGAGCUUCUUUGACAUGCUCAGUCAGUUCCACCAGGAGAGGCCUGACCAGCGCAGCUCAGUGCCCGUACGCCUCAGGGAGCUACUGCGUGCUCCAGACUUGCCACCGAGCACAUCCCUGCCCUCUGUGUCCUCAACUGGUCCCACAGGUGGGGAUGACAGAGUUCUAGGACGGAAGGACGGAGCUGAGAGAGUGAGGAAGAAAAGUGGAGGGACGGAGUCAUCGCUGGGCACCGCCUCUUUGUUCAGGAAACUUCGGAGCUCUAGCAGAGGGGAGCUGGAUGGAGGGAAAGGAGAAACUAUUGAGGACGGGGGAGGGCGAGGUUUAGAUGCCUCCUACAGACCAUGGGUGUGCUCCAAGAGCUUUGUCCAUUUUGAUGCUCAGAGCAUCCUGUUUGACCUCCAUGAGGUGGCGGCUCAGCGUGGCUAUGCCACCCAGAGGAGGAACACCGCCACAGGGGCAUCAGCUGCUUCAGUGCCCCAUUCUAGCUCCAGAUCCUCAGCUGUGAAUGACCCGGUUUACUCCAGCAUUGAAGAUCUGACCCUGAGCCUCAACCCAGGCUCCACAGCACCUUCUCUGGGCGUGGACCCUCUCGAUGGGCCUCCUGGAGCCCAGAGCUCAAGCCCGCUGCUCCUCUGCUGUCCCCAUUUCCUCAAUGAGACUGGGGGCCACGGGGAGCGCAACAUCAGCUUCCUCAGCUCGUCAGCAGAGCGCUGUGGAGACGGAGGAGAUGGAGGACGGGGAUGGCUGAGGAGGAGCAACGCCAGCGUCUCAGUGCUGGAGGUGCCUAUUGAACAGCAGGUUACGAGACUGGACAGGCUGAAACUGUACAGCAUAGAGCAUGUGGACCUGGGGGCCAGAUACUACAGAGACUACUUCAAUGAGAAAGAGCACUCAAACUACUUUGGGACAGAUGAUAAGCUGGGUCCAGUGGCCUUGAGCAUUCGCAGGGAAAAACUGGAAGACACCAAAGACCUGAAAGACCAAUACCAGUACCGCCUCAUCAUCAGAACGAACGAGUUGGUGACCCUGCGAGGCUCCAUUUUAGAGGAUUCUGUGGCAUCUACGGGAAGACACGGCACGGUUCGGGGUCUGCCGCUUAAAGAGGUCCUGGAGCAGGUUGUCCCCGAGCUCAACGUGUCCUGUUUGAGGCUGGCACUCAGCACACCCAAAGUCACAGAGCAGCUUCUUAAACUGGACGAACAGGGGUUAAGCCAGAAGCACAAGGUGGGUGUUCUGCUGUGCCGUGCAGGCCAGAGCACAGAGGAGGAGAUGUACAACAAUGAGGAGGCUUCCUCUGCUUUCUCUGCCUUCCUGGAGCUGCUGGGGGAGCAGGUGCUGCUCAAAGGCUUCACCAAAUAUGCCGCACAGCUCGACACAAAGACGGAUUCCACGGGCACCCACUCCCUGUACACCACCUACCAAGGCUAUGAGGUCAUGUUCCACGUGUCCACCAUGCUGCCAUACAUGCCCAACAACCCACAGCAGCUUCUGAGAAAGAGGCACAUAGGGAACGACAUCGUCACCAUAAUCUUUCAGGAGCCUGGAGCUUUGCCUUUCACCCCUCAGAAUAUUCGCUCACACUUCCAGCAUGUCUUUGUUAUUGUCCGUGUGCACAACCCGUGCUCUGAAAACACCUGUUACAGUGUUGCUGUGACACGGAUGGAGGAUGUGCCCCCCUUUGGCCCACCCAUCCCCAGUGGCGUCACAUUCCGUGACCCAGAAACCUUUCGUAACUUCCUUCUAGCCAAAGUUAUCAAUGCAGAAAAUUCAGCGCACAAGUCAGAGAAGUUCCACACAAUGGCGACACGAACGCGGCAGGAGUAUCUGCGUGACCUGGCUGAGAACUACAUCAGCAGCACACCGCUCGACUCAGCCGGCAAGCUCAACAACCUCAUCUCCCUCGCAUCCAAAAAACGUGAGCGCUCAAAGGCAAGAGAAGGAGCAGAGCUGGGAGCUGAAGGCGCCAUCGCCUGGAGGGUCCAGGCUCAGGAUUUUAGUGGAGGUGGGACCGAACUCUCAUGUGCUCUGGGUGUGUCGGCUGAGUACGUGCUCCUUAUUGACUGUUCCACCAAAGAGGUGGUGUUUAACUGUUUCUGUGCGGACGUGAUCGGCUGGACACCGGAGCGUCUGGCACUGAAGAUCUUCUAUGGCAGAGGAGACCACAUCGCAGUGCGGGUACCGGAAGGCUGUGCACAGGACAUCAGGGAAAUGGUGCAGAGGUUAAAGUCGUUGACAGUGGGAUGCGAGACAGUGGAUAUGACUCUGAGAAGAAACGGACUGGGACAACUGGGCUUCCAUGUUCGCUUGGACGGCACUGUGGCUGAGGUAGAGGAAUAUGGCUUUGCCUGGCAGGCAGGACUGAGGCAGGGCAGUCGGCUGGUGGAGAUCUGCAAGGUGGCUGCAGUGACGCUGACUCACGAACAGAUGGUCGACCUGCUGAGGACGUCGGUCACGGUCAAAGUGGUCAUCAUUCCUCCGUAUGAAGAGGGAGGGCCUCGCAGGGGCUGCACAGAGGAGUAUGAGAUGAAGACCAUGGAGCAGAAGCCAGAACCUGAGCCUUUGGCAGCAGGCUACCGACCCUCGCCUCGUCCAAUGUGGCGAUGGGACAGUCCACCUGUUCCUCAAGGGCUCCACAGCGCUCCCAACCCACAGCGUUGGGGCCCCAUGGGUCCUCCAAUGCCCCGCUCACAGAAGGCGCUGAUGCCAGUUCCCUACAGAGAGCCUCAGCACCUCAAUGCCAAGAGGCCUGUGAGCUACCCAGAGAACCACUACAGUCUGACUCCUCCAGGAGGCGACCGAGUUCUGCCCUACAGAAACCCUUCAGCCAGCUUCUCCUCGCCCUCCCCUGGUCUGGUAGGCCUCUCCUCCAUGGGGCCACCUGGACUCACACCAGGCCCCUUUGUACGCUACAAACCUUCACCCGACAGAUAUGGUACAGGACAGCGGUCCCUGCUGCCCUAUGAGCCCCACCUCAACGUGGACAUCAUGUCCAGUGGAGAGUCUUCCUCGGGCUUCACCAGCCAGGAGAGCACCAUGGAGCGCUGCAAAACAGAACCCCUGUGGCACGUUCCAGUUUCGUCGUCUCGGGGACCAGGUGGUGGAGGGGGGCCAAGGAGAAUGACCAGACAGGAUGUCCCAGGGAAAGACUCUCCAAACAGACACUCGAAGGGUGAGACUCAAUACUCGAGUCACUCCAGCAGUAACACUCUGUCCAGUAACGCCUCCAGCAGCCACAGCGAUGAGCGAUGGUUCGACGGAGGAGCUGGAGGUGAGCGGGGAGGGGGCGGGGUUUGCCUUGCUGACCCGUCUGACCAAGACCCCGACCUUCUCAACAAGGGCGGGUCCAGCGACAGCGGCAUCGAUGCCUCGACCCAUUACAGCAACACUCGCCACGGGAACUUGUCCAACACCCAGUCCCACAAGCCCAUGCACUGCUCUGUGACCUACAGCGGCGUCCAAGAGCUGUCACUGGGAAGGAGCAGCGGCAGUGCAGAAACACGGAGACGAGAGUCUUCACCCAUCAUACCAGCCACAGCCAAUCAGAACCAAGGGUAUCGGACAAGGACAUUCCCGCCUCCUGGCGGCAGUGCGGAUAAGAUGGAUGCUUUCAAACCCAGGGCCUACACACCCCAGGGCUACAAGACUCCGACGGCAGAGAAAGCGUGGCCCAUCCGAGCUGCUACAGCAACACCCACCUCAGCUCAGUUAGGUGCCAUCCUUCUGUCCAGCUCUGCCCCGAAGGCUUUACAUGGGAAAAGCAGGCAACCCGCCCGGCAGACCGAAGACAACAGUCCAUCACCUUCGAAUGCAACCACAGCGUCCAGCUCUGACAGCAACAAUAGCAAGAAGCAGGUGGACACGAAUUCAAAGAACGUCUUUGGACAACCUCGACUCCGAGCUUCUCUGAGGGACCUGCGUUCUCCACGACGGACGUAUAAGAGCACCAUCGAAGAUGACCUGAAGAAACUGAUCAUCAUGGACAAUCCAGGAGAGAUGCCACAAAGAGAACCAUCUCCCAGACGAACUCUGCAGCGCACAUUUUCAGAUGAGUCGCUGUGCAGCGGGCGCAGAGACUCCAGCUUUGCGACCACUGAGAAUCAGACGACUCCAACCGAUGUGCUGUUCACCUGCACGUUGCCCACACGCAGGCAUGCCAUCUCUUCCAACCACUUGCAGAACAAAAAGAUGCCUCUGUCUGCAUCAGAGCUGUCUCUGACAGAAGUAAAGGACAAAGUUCCCCCUCUGAGGAGGCUCGAUCCUGGCCUGAUGCCCCUUCCUGACACAGCCUGUGGUCUGGAGUGGUCCAGCCUGGUCAAUGCUGCUAAAGCUUACGAAGCACAACGAGCGGUUUCCCUCUUCUCACUGACUGAGCCACAGGUUGGAGGUCCAGAAAUGAGGCCGGCCGUCAGUCCAGUCCAGUUUCUCACUCCUCAGACACCACGGACCACGCCAACCAUCAGCGGUGACGAGGUGCCCAACGAUUUGUCUGGUCGGCUCUACCACCUGGAGGUCAUGUUAAAGCAGCUGAACAAUGAUCUGGAGAAAGAGAAGCAGGAUAAAGUGGUUCUGCUCGCUGAGAUGGCCAACCUGAGGGAGAAUAACCAGCGCUUGCAGGAGGAAAGCCAGACAGCCAGUGAGCAGCUGCGGAAGUUCAGCAUGCUUUUUACCAACCUCAACAGGACAGGAAGUGACCACGAGGCUCACUCCUUAACACAUGGAACUGACUCAAAGAGGGAGUGAAGAAUAGGAAACGUGUGAGCUAUGAGAGAAAUAUUCUUUCAGGAGUCAAAGGUUGCAGUGAUGUAACUUCUCUUAGCUUCUACUUGACUGCCUUAAACUAGAGAAGAAUCAAGAGACAAUGUCUUUUUUUUUUUUUUAAAGCAACUUUCCCAAAAAGUCUCAGCAAGUCUGUGCACAGACAGAGCAGAGACCCUCCCUCUCUUUUCUCUGAGCCCGCCUAUUUUUCUAAACUGAAGUCAAAAGGUCUUAUAUACUUGUCAUAUAUAUAUAUAAAUAUUUAACAUUACUGUGCUGGAGGAGCAAGAAGGAGAGGAGAACCAGACUGUUUGUUUCAGAGAAAACUACAUCACCUGGAGAGGCCUAAUACUGUAGCUGCAGCGAAUCAGCCAAAAAAGGACUCAUUACAGACUGCAUCUCCCAGAAUGCACUAGAAGUGACAGAAACUCUACAGACAUGGUACUGUAGAUACAUACCUGUGGUACAAUUCUCCUGUAUCAAUAUUAUCUAUAUUGUACUGAUAUUGCCUAACAGUUGUACUGAAGAGGUGUGUGUGUGUGUGUGUGUGUAAAAAUGAUGGUACAGCGAAUAUUCAGAAGCAUUACUGCACAACAGUGUUUGUGCUCAAGGACAGAUGCAUUUUAUUACCCUCUGGUGUGUGUAUGUGUGCUGCAUAGUGAGGACCAAAAAAAUAAUUUUUUUGCUACAGAGUGAGGACAUUUUUGGAAAGUGAGGACAUUUUGGCUCGUCCUCACUUUGUCAAAGACUUUUUUGAGGGUUAAGAUGGUUUUAGGCAUCAGGUUAGAAUUGGGUCUAGGUUAGGUGUUAGGGGGAAGGGUUGUGGUUGGGCAUUUAGCUCUGAUAGUUUAGGUUAGGGGAAGGGGCUAGGGGAUGCCUUAUGUCAGUGAGUGUCCUCACAAAGACAGAAGUAUGUGUGUGUGUAUUAAUGGGAGUGUCUGAAUAAGAGGUUGAAUGUGAUGGUCUGUUCAAGGACAGCGACGUGAUAAACUAGUUUACUGUAACAUAAAACUUGAGGGCCACAGUAAUUUCCUUUCUUCCGUUUACUUGGAUGAGCCGUGGCCCACAGAUGUGAAACAAGCCAUCAGUGUGUUGAGCAAGUGUGAAUGGUUGAUGUCAGAAAUUCAGUGAUGUACAGCUACCAGUAUCACAUCUCUAAUUGUAGAACAUUGUUUUGAAUUUAAUGUUCAUUGUUUUCAGCGGUAUCGUAUCAUCUCAGAUCUUUUUGAGCUCGGGUUGUUAUUACAGUACGUCAGUGAAAUGAUCUUUGUUGUAAUGUUCAAAGCAGCACUUCACUUUGUUGAGUUUCUGGCCGAGAUAAUUAGAUUAAUACCAAGUCUAACGUUUCUCUGUUAGAAUGUUAUUAGGCUACAGCCACCAAACUGUUUCUGGCAGUACAAGGACUGGAAACCAUUUAUCUUGUUAACUGAAGUAACAGAAUCCCCCCCCUACCAGCACAUCUAAAGGUCACUGUUUGAUAGGUUAUAUCUCAUUUCUUUAGGUCAUACACAAAACAACUUGUAAAUAUGACAAUUCACUGUUAGCUAGUAGCAGUAACUUUCUGUUGUCUCUGCUGGUUGCCAAGCAACUGGUCUGGGUGUUGCAUCAUAUACAUUGACCCACCAAAUUUGUGAAUUGAUUAGGAAUUUGAGCUAGCCACUGCGGACGAUUUUUGGACCUAAUGCCUUAUCACAGGGGUGUUGAGCAAGUUGUGACCCAGGGACAACCGUUCUGACUAAGUGGGAUGGAUAGACUGGAUGGGCGCUGUUUUAAUCCUGGAAGUCACCUUGGCUUUUCUAAAGUGUAUAUAUUUGUAUGAAUUUUAUUAUUCACAAAGAAUAAGUAAUACAUGGAAAUGAGUUAAAAAAAAAAAAAGAUUUCUACAAUGAAAUUCAUUGAGUACAUGUUCAGGGGCCACUUUAAAUGCAUUCACGGACCACCAGGGGGCCACGGACCACUGGUCAAGAACCCACACCUCAUCACAUAAUUAGUGAGCUUCAGGGGCGCUGGUAGGGGGACGUCAUUACCAUUGGACAAAGCCAGGCUAACAGUCUCUUCAUCAGUUGGCUGCAGUGUAUAAGAUUUGACUGACACAAAGCAACGCGGUCACAUUUAUUUGUUUCCAGUUUGUAAAAUUAAGUACAAAUUUGACUUUAGUAGUUCCUGUUUGCUAUGUACAACUAUAGGUACUAGCAGCUUUCACUGAACUCAUUCCGUUACUGAAGAAAACCUGAUUUUCUCAGGUAUGUUCUGGAGGUUCAGAAGGACUGUCUCUUUUCUAUGAUUGGAUGGACACUGGAGAUGAGUGUAAAUAACAGUGAAAAUACAUGUUUCCUAUGUUCGGGUUUGACCGAGCUAUGACUGGCUCCUGUCAAAUGGUAACAAACUGGCAAACCUGUAAUUUGGCUGUAGCUUAAGGGAUCAAUGUGAGAGUGGUAGCAAUCUUUUCAUUUAAUUCUCAGCAAGGAAGUGAAUAAGUGUUUUUCAAAAUGUCUAAUUAUUCCUGUAAUUUUGUCUCACUUGCAUACUUGUUGAAGAUGAAGCUCGGUCACCACUAAUUGUGCUUAUAGAAAACAUGUACUGUAUGUGGACUCGCUCGACACCGCCUUCAUAUCAAGAGUCGGUCUGCAUGCGCAAGAGGAUUUGCCCCCGUGUUCUCUGAUGAACACAAGACACUAUUUAUACCACUAGCUUGCUUAACGAUGUUGUCUACUAUAUCUAUUUUUCAUACAGAAGUGUGCGUCUGUCUGGAUGCUGGUACUGAAUGGACAGUACGUCCCAGCAGAGGAUGAAUCCUAGCUUCCAGUUUAAGUUUAGAUAUCACUGAUAAAGUUGUACUAAAUCUCCACGUGCGCUGCCCUGUGGAAGAGCUACUUCAACUGUUUGAACUUUCCAACAUGCUCAGGUUUCUCAAGAUGCUGUUAAUGACACUUAUCAUCGAUCAGAGGCGGGUGACACGAGGCAUUGUACUGAGACCAUGUAAACUUGUCUACAAUCUGAGAUUUUGACAUUUAUACUAUUGUAGGUGUCCAUUUAAAAUGUAAAAGCAUUUAAUUUGAUGAAUUAGUUAAAAAACAUCAGAUUUUUCAUAGUUUGCUAUAUCUUGAUAUGAAAAUCAGGUAACAAGCGUCCAACUUUUAUCUGGACGCUAAACGGCCAUUUUCUCCUGAUCGUCUUCAGCCCAUUGAAAAACAAAACAAAAAAAAAGUUCUGUGCCUGCUCUACUGCUCUCACCUCAUUUCUUAUUCUGCAGCCAGUUUUAUUGCUGAAAGUUGGCUCUCGUCAUCCCAGUACCUUUGACACCAGUGACAUUAAUACCAACGCCUGCUUGGACUUUUGAUUUGGGCUCAGAAAUGUGACUUUUACCAGUCUGUCAAAAACACAUUCAGGCCUCAGUGGGGCUCAGACACCCCUUAGAAUUUUCUUUUUUUUUCUAUAUUCAGAUUUGUCGGUUUUAUUGGGGUCCGAUCAGGCAGUGACACGCUCCUGUUACUCGGAAACCCUUCAUUCCUGCAUCUUCACAGGUGUAGCUGUGAUUUUAGCAUCUGCAAGUCUUAAUCUUUAGCUCGCUUAUGUAAAAGGGGCAAGGUUUCUUUAUAUAUUCAUUUUGUUCAUGUUAUGUAUUAACUUUAAGCUAUUUAUAGCACACAAUGAUCGCUGUUGGAACAAAUCAAUAAUGCGUUAAGGUUAACGGUAAUACUGUAUGACUAGGUUUGUUUAUUUAGAUGUGAAAUAUUUUGGUAAUUUAUUUUUAACCCAUUGGCCACUGUUGCAGACAGUAGUGGAGAGGGUACUGUGUUUUCAGUGUAUUUUACUUCAGAUUGCUGUACAAAACUGAUUUGUAUUCCUGUUUUCUAUUACCUGACAAGCGUCUUCAUGGCCAUCGGUGCUUUCUGCAUGUGGCGGGGGUACACGAUCCACUGAUGAGACGCUCCGGUUGAACAUGGUUUCCUUUGGGUUGUAAUAACUUGUACAUUUUAAAGUGUAAAUUGCGUUUUCAUUAUUUUAUUAAAAAAUAUAUUAAAAGUGA